AUGGUCUCUCGGGCGAAUCUGUGUUGCAGGAAGCCCCACGUGAACGUCGGCACCAUCGGGCACGUCGGCCACGGCAAGACCACGCUCACCGCCGCGAUCACCAAGGUGCUGGCCGAGGCGGGGAGCUUUCAGGUUCAGCCGGUGGCGUACGCCCAGAUCGACAAGCCUCCCGAGGAGGAAGCUAGAGGAAUCGCCGUCUCCAUGGCUCGUGUCGAGUACGAGACCGCUAAGAGGCACUACACCCACGUGGACUGUCCGGGGCAUGCCGACUACGUCAAGAUCAUGAUCACGGGAGCUGCUCAAAUGGAUUGCGGUAUUCUCGUCGUGUCAACUAUGGAUGGCCUGAUGCCACAAACAAGGGAGCAUAUUAUUCUAGCUCGACAGGUUGGUGUGCCAUCACUUGUUUGUUUCUUGAACAAUGUUGAUUUGGUUGGAGAUGAAGAUGAAGAUUUAAUAGAAUUAGUGGAGAUGGAGAUUCGAGAGCUCCUCAGUUUCUACAAGUUCCCCGGCGAUGAGAUUCCUAUCAUCCGUGGAUCUGCUUUGGUAGCCUUGGAAGGAAGAGAUGAGGAGACCGGAAAGAAUGCUAUUUUAAAACUGAUGGAUGCCGUCGAUUCAUACAUCCCAGAUCCUGUGAGGGUGCUUGAUAAGUCUUUCUUGAUGCCAGUUGAAGGAAUUUUCUCAAUUCAGGGUUGUGCUACUGUAGUGACCGGACGUAUUGAACAAGGGAUGAUUGAAACUGGUGAGGAUGUUGAGGUCAUAGGUUUGACGGAGGGCGAUCCCGUGAAGACUACAGUUACUGGUGUUGAGAUGUUCAAAAAGAUGAUAGAUCAUGGUGAGGCUGGUGAAAAUGUUGGACUUCUUCUCCGCGGUCUUAAGCGUGGUGAUGUCCAUCGUGGCCAGGUGGUUUGCAAACCCGGGACUGUAAAGUCAUACAAAAAGUUUGAGGCCCAAAUUUACGUCCUUACCAAGGAUGAAGGUGGUCGCCACACUGCCUUCUUCUCCAAUUACAGACCACAAUUCUACUUCAGGACAGCUGAUAUCGGUGGGAAAAUCGAGUUGCCUCCGGACGUGAAAAUGGUUAUGCCUGGUGACAAUAUAACUGCAAUCUUCGAGUUGAUGUUGCCUGUUCCACUCGAACCAGGCCUAAGAUUUGCACUAAGGGAAGGAGGAAGGACCGUCGGCGUCGGAGUCGUCACUGAAGUCAUGAGCUAA